AAGGAGCCAGUCGAUACUUCCAUCGCCGGUUAUUCGUGGAUUCCAAAAAUCGUGGAGAGCGAGGAAAGUCAAAGGGCUGGGUACAUGGCGUACUUGCAGCAGCAUUUGAAGACGCUGAUAGAUCGAGGAGACUUCUUGUUGGAUGACAUUGCGGGCGAUAAAUCAGUUCUUAACAUCGUGGACCCAAGACUUCCGUUUGCUAUGAAAGGCACAGCUGAUGUAUUGCUCAUCAAUCGAACAGCGAAGAACCCACUGAUUAAGCUGGCUGGGGUCAGCUUGGUGAUCGAGCUCAAGAAGAAAGUCGAACCGGGCCAUGUUCCUCAAGCAAUUGGUCAACUUGUGAGCUGCAGCAUGAAGGCGCCUCUCAAUUGCUAUCCGCUGAGUUUGCUGACGGAUUUAAACGACCACUGGCAUUUCUCUUGGUUCAGCGACAAGCACGUUCUGACCCAAGUUACGCUGAAGUAUCCAAAGAACGCGUUCAGAUUUAUCGAAGCAGCCGUACUGGGACGAACGGAUUCUGCCCCACCUCCUCCGUCAUUCAUGCCUGGAUCUUUCAAGACAAUCAAGGUUGAUGACUUCUUGCCCCAGCCGGUUGAUGCUCGUGCAGAGGAGAUGAUGGAACGAUACGAGUUGAUGGCAGAUGUGGUGGAACCAGAGUUUCUCAUGGCGAGGCGGAUGGAUUAUGCGCGACAGUUAGUCCAGUCGAUGCCUAUGUACUCUUACAUGUAUACGUAG